UGUGGCCAUGCUCUCUCGCAGUGUGCGCGCUCUCCGCGCUGGUGCCGCGCAGCUCAGCGCGCGUCCGGCUGCCGCCUCGACCACCGCGGGCUUCCACUCCUCGCGCGCCGCCGGAAGCAGCUUCGUGCAGCACCGCGACACGGAGGACAACAAUGCCGACACGCCCUUCGACUUCACGCCGGAGAACUACGAGCGCGUGCACGCCAUCCUGGACCGCUACCCGGAGAACUACAAGACGUCGGCCAUCAUCCCGCUGCUGGACCUGGCGCAGCGCCAGCACGGCGGCUGGCUGCCACUCGCCGCCAUGAACAAGGUGGCGCGCAUUGUGGACGCCAAGCCCAUCCAGGUGUACGAGGUGGCCACGUUCUACACCAUGUUCAACCGCGAGAAGGUGGGCAAGUACUUCAUCCAGCUCUGCGGCACCACGCCCUGCAUGAUCUGCGGCUCGGAGGAGAUCAAGAAGACCAUCGAGAACCACCUCGGCAUCAAGGAAGGAGAGACGACGAAGGACGGCCAGUUCACGCUGCGGGAGGUGGAGUGCCUCGGCGCGUGCUCUAACGCCCCUAUGGUGCAGAUUAACGACGAUUUCUACGAAAACUUGACCCCCGAGACGACGCGCGAGCUGCUGGACGCCUGCCAAAAGGAUGCCCCGCCUCCGAUGAACAAGUGGGGCAGCUUGCCCAUGAACGGUCAGCUGUCGUGCGAGGGCCCGCAGGGCAAGACCACGCUUACGUGGGAGAAGACGCCCGGCCCGGGCUUCCGGAUGCGCCCGGACGACGAGCUUAAGCCCAAGGUUAACCCCAAGGACAUCAAGGACGCCAUGCUGUACUAG